AUGUCUGUGGAUAAAACUAUAGUUGAAUUAACAAGAACAUUAGAACAAUUAGGAACAUUAGUUGAACAUAUCAAUGGACAGAUAAGUGGUAUAACGGGAAGAAUUAAUGGAACAUUAAAUGAAUUAGAUAAUGCUAUAACGGGUAUAACAACAGAGGCAAAAACAUUAACAGGCCAAUUAGGUGAUGCUAUUUCACAAGUUCCUAAAUCAUGGGUUUUUUAUUUACUUUUUAUUACUUUAAUUGUUGUUUUUAUUCUCCUUGCAAUACUUAUUUUUAUGAAUUUAUUAACUAAAUCAUAUUAUAUUUAUAAAGUAUUAAAAGGAGUUGAUACAAUUGAUGAUGAUAAUAAAAGAAGGUAUAGAGAUGAUAUAUAUUCUGGGCAAACUACACCAUUAUCUGAAGAUAAAGCAUCUGGACAUAUAUCAUUACCAAUAAAUAUAGACGAUGGUUUUAAUCGUAAUAUUUAUAAUAGAAAAUACAAUAAUAAUGUUAAUCAACGGCAAGCAUCUAUUAAUCAAGGGAUAUCAUAUGAUGGAACAUUAAAAUCACCAAAUACACCAAUUUAUAAUGUUAAUCAUGAAAGUGGAAUUAUGAAAAAUAAUCUUCAAGAUAAUAGUAUAUCAAGACGGACAUACUUAAGAAAAGGUGAAGAAGUAAACUCUAAUAUUGGAGUUGGUGCUAGAUACAAUGUAUCAACCGGAACAACAGUACCAUAUUAUAAUAAUAACACAAAUUUAAGCAAUUUUAAUAAUACACCAGUUAUUACCUCAAGAGCAGAACAAGUUUAA